AGUUCAGUUACUGGGAGGUGGUUUGUUGUCCAGCACUGAGAGCAGAUCAGCGUUAGACUUGGGGAUAGAGGCACACAAACGCACACUUCUGCCAACACUGGCCCAGCAAAAUGGACUCGAAAUGGUUUAAAAUGCUUAUGCCGCUCAUGCUGCUGGUCUUCGCUGUUGUAACUCUUCUCCUGCUCACUCUACCUGUGGAGGAGAUGAAGGAGCCUCCUAAAUACAUGUAUGGCAUAGUGCUGGACGCAGGCUCCUCCCACACAGCCAUGUACAUCUACAAAUGGCCGGCAGACAAGCAGAACGGCACAGGCGUGGUCACCCAGCACAGCGAGUGCAGUGUCAAAGGAGGGGGCAUCUCAAGCUACGCUGGACAGAAGGGGGCCGCAGGCCGCAGCCUGGAGGCGUGUCUGAAACAAGCCGUGCAGGACAUCCCCCAAACCCGCCAUCACCUCACCCCUGUGUACCUGGGAGCCACAGCUGGCAUGAGGCUUCUGAACAUCUCCAGCCCUGAGAUGUCAACGCAGGUUCUUCAGGAAGUGGAAGACACGAUUAAGUCCUUCCCUUUCUGCUUCCGAGGUGCAACCAUACUGAGUGGACAGCAGGAGGGCGUGUACGGCUGGGUCACGGUGAACUAUCUCUUAGAAAAUUUCAUCAAGUACAGCUUUGUGGGCCACUGGAUGAAACCAGGCAGACAGACAGUCGGUGCCCUGGACUUAGGAGGGGCGUCUACUCAGAUCACUUUUGUAACCCCGGAGAAAGUGGAGGACGAAAACAAUAGUAUGACUCUGCGUCUCUAUGGGCAGGACUAUUCUCUGUACACCCACAGCUAUCUAUGCUAUGGUAAAGGAGAAUUCCUGCGGCGGCUUCUUGCCCACCUGAUCACAUCUCAGGGUCCCACAGGUACUGUCUAUAAUCCGUGCUACCCGUCUGACCACAACGAGACACUGGAGCUGCAGCAGGUGUUUGAGUCGCCCUGCACGAAAUCACAGCGGCCUGCGCCUUAUGAGCCGCAUGCAUCAGUGACAAUACAGGGCACAGGAGACUACCACCUGUGUGUGGGCAACAUAUCUGAGAUAUUCUCCUGGCAGGACUGCCCAUUCUCCCAGUGCUCCUUUGACCAUGUGUUCCAGCCCAACAUCACUGGCAGCUUUAUGGCCUUCUCUGUCUUCUUCUUCACAUACAGUUUUCUGCAGAAGUGCGUAGGCAUUUCAAUCAGCACCCCAGAGCUGCUGCAGCAGGCUGCCCGGACAGUGUGCAACAUGACCACUGAGGAGAUGUUUAAGAGAGAUGAAGAAGAUAGAUCAUACCUGAAGGAGUACUGUGCAGUUACUGUGUACAUCCAGGUCCUGAUGCUGAGAGGAUACCACUUUGAUGAGCACUCCCUCUCUAGAGUUGCCUUUCAGAAAAAGGCUGGAGAUGCCUCUGUGGGCUGGGCGCUGGGCUACAUGCUGAGUCUGAGCAACCAGCUGCCUGGAGAGAGUGUGGUGAUGAGGAAGGGCAUGCACACUGCAGUCUGGAUCGUCCUCCUGAUCCUCCAGAUAUGCCUAAUGGUCAUCACACUGAUCUUCAUGGCUCUCAGCUGCUGGAAGAAGGUUUUUGCCUGACAGUGACCAGUAGGGGGUGAAAAAGGAUCAGUGAUGAAGGCCCAGCGAAAGAAAUGAGUUGGUUUUUAUUAAAUAAAGGGGUUUCAGAAUGGCGAAUAAGUACCAUGCUGCGUAUAUCUAACCACUAAGUAACAUUAGUUUGAGUACAACAAGAAUAAAAAGAGCUUGAGAGGUAAGCUUUGUGUGAAAGUUUAUCAGGUCUAUCGAUCAGUCAAUCAAUCAAUCGACCUUAAUUCAAGCUCAUAGUACAUCCAGGGUGCACCUUAUUUACAAUGCAGCUGGGUAUAUUACAAAAAUGAGGGAUUAAAAAAAGUAAAUAUAAAGCUAUGAUUGAAUAAAAUGAGACCUACCAAUUAUCAUUGAAAUGGUACGUCAGAGCAACCAUGUUAAUGGCUGAAAUGUAAAUGUAAACUAAGCCAUUCAGAGCGGUCUGAUGUGAAAUCAUUAUUUGCGGAGAAACCCACCAGAUUUCUUCACAGUGGUGCUGAUAGGAACCACAGGUCACAAUGUCUACAGCACAUAUAUAGCCAUUUUAUUCACGAUCCAAAACCACCAGUGAGCCUCCACGUCUUCUGACUUUUUAUACGUCAUGUUGUACGUCAUGUAUGAGGAGAAGUUGUUAUGAAUCUACAAUUUUUUUGUCUUUUAGGGCUAUUUUAGUUCACAAGGCGGUAAAAGCCUCAUCUCAGAACAUAAGAUCGCAGAGAGUGCCAGGUUCGUAACACGUGUGUUUUAUGUGUAACUCUCUGUGCUUUUAGAGCUUUUAGAGGCAUUAAACUCUUCAGAUGUCUGGUUCCUAUCAUCACCACUGUGAGCAAUUCUGACUCGGUAAUGCGAAGGUUCUGAAAAAAGUGGUGGAAUUCCCCUUCAUGCCACAGGCCUCAGCUUUAUAUCCCUGAGCUUUUUAUUUCUGAAUUAUGGAUUCAGGACUAAAUGAAGGGAAAGAAAAACAAAGAAUAUGUCCCUCAAAGUAAAAUAUAUUUGUGCAUUUGUAAUUGCGAAAAAUAAAAACUGACCUCUGUGGUGUUUGUGCUUCAUCUGGUUAACAUGCAGCCAGUGUUCUUUGCAGCCCUCACUGUUUCUACUGUUUCACUAAUUGUCCUCUAAGGGGCGCUGAAUGAAUUUGUGCCGCAGUAGAGAGAUUUACUGCUGAUUUGAUUCAAAACAAUGAGGAAUUGUUUGGUGGUGGACAGUAACUGAGUAACGGAGUAAAUGUAACUCGUUUCUGUACUUUAGUAUUUUUGGUGUAUCUGUAC